UUUACAAUAUUAUCUCUUUCACAAUUUUUGUAAAAAGAUAACAAAAUUGCCUAGUGUUGAACUUUUUGCCUUUCUCUCUGAAAGCAUAAUCGUUUAAUGAAUAUGUCUAAACCUCAAAUACAACAACAACAACAACAACAAGACGAGCCUGCGACAGAUUCAUCGAUAAUGAUAAAAAGCACUUCUUAUACGAAGCUAAUUUCUUCUACGUCUUCGAGCUCGUAUAUGUCCUAUUCGCCUUUGCCCUCUUCAGCUGAUAUAACGGUCAAUAAGACGGGUCGUUCAAUUUACUCUCGUAGAAGUUUGGUUAUUAAUGAUAAUAAAUCUAUUGACAAAACAACUCUAUCAGCUUCCUCCUCCAUGAUUUGUUCAAUGAGUGCAGCAGAUAAUAAAAAGCUGGAGCAGAUGGUCCAAAACUUCUACACUAAAGCUACACAAAUUAUUUUGCAGGCCAGAGUCAAUUUUAGUCAUACGGACAAUGUGGAGAAGCACAAAGUUGAUAAAUGGUUCAAUAUCUCAACGAAAGAGAACGUCGAUAUUAAAGACAAAUUAAAGUUCUGGAAGUCAUUCAUUCGAUACCAAUGUAGUGAGCAUCCACCCCCUUUAAUCAUUGAUAUCUAUCUGAAAAAAUCAUCAGACCAACAAACUUUAUUAGAAUCGUGGACCUUAUCGUUAACUCAUCCCAUACCUGAUUACCCUGUCGAUUUACCUAAUUUGUACAAGAAAUCCAUCGUCUUUUUCCGAGUUCUGCAUUCUUUGGUGAGAGUUCUACCUUGUUACAGCAUGUAUCAAAAAUCAAAGGGAACAGAGCACUUCAACGGAAAUCAAAGAGAAGAGGAGUUUGUUUUAGACUACAGGUUGGGAACAAAUCCGUCAGAACGACAAGAUGCCUUCUCUUUCGGCCAAAAAAUAAAUAGUAAAGAUGCGAUACGUUCGUACAACUUCAAAGCUAUACCAACCCCAUUAGGUACUCUCAAACUAAAUCUCUUGUUCCUUGAAGCGAACAACAUUGACUCAUCAAUCAAAGCUAUUGAAGAGCCAUUCAUCGGGCAUUUUGAUAUUGACGAGAAUUUCUUUGGUCCAUUUAUGAGUAAAUUUGAUAAUAUGCAAAGUAGCGGUCAUAGCAUCACAUCGAGAAAUCGUCAUUCGGAUGUCUAUGGCUCUUCUUUCAAUGUUUCCACCGAUGAAAUUCCUAUCAAUGGACGUCUACAUUCAUACCGUAGUAGUCAAGCGCUUUUAAUAACCAACAGUCGCUCUUCUGUUGUAUCUUCCUCUACGAGUACCACUACGACUUCCACAGAGAAGCGCAUGUCUGUACCUACCGUGCGUCCAUUUAAGUCACCCUCUGUGUCAUCAUUUUCAUCAUCCCACCAAAUGGAAACGCUCUUGGAUUUGGCAAAUACUAGUAGUAGAGGUAGACAACGGAGCAGUUCUUUUGAAAAAAGAGCUUCAUUUUCCUCGAGCUUUGAUAAAUACUUCAAGCCGAACUCCCAUCAUCAGCAGAUUACUGUUACUACUAUCACUAACAACGAUAAAAUAUCCCACAUGGCAUAUGAUUUGCAUAACAUGAACAAUAUGACCAAGCAAUGGACACGUAAGGGUAAUGAUUGCAAUCCUUCCAUUCAGUUGAACCUUCAUUUUGGCAAUAUGUGUACCUCUUAAAUAGAAUGCAGAGAAUGAUGAUGAGCAAAGCUUAGAAGCCUUUAUGAAGUUCAUGGGUGCUCAAAAAGAAUUGAAGCUCUUUCAAGUGUAUUCUUCUCAACUAAAGGACAACGCUUCUUCUUCAGUGCAGAAAGUUGCUAGUGGCGGUAUCAGAAAGCAAAUGUACAUGCGUGAAAAAGAGAAAACAAUGAAAACCCUGUCUUAUUUCCGUAAUAUUCAAGAGGCUCACAAUAUACUUACUGAUUCCAUGACAUCAAUACAUACAACUCGUCGAAAAUUCAAAUUAUCGUCCAACGCUGCUUCUGCAUUCAACACGAAUGAUGAUAGUUGUGCAUCCCAAAUGUCACUUGAUGUGUCAUCAUCGUCUUCUACAAAGAGCUCGGUUCAUUUACCUUUGAAACGAGCUCCACGACAUU